AAAAGCUUCCGCCCCUGUCAGCGCCCCGCGGGCUGUGCUCUGUUGUGCUGCGGCUGCACUUUAGUUCGGCGCUGUCCCGAGGAGGCAUCGCGGCGGACGGUAUUGAACAAGCCAGGAGAGUGAGAGGAUUGAUAUGGGUGACUCCAAAUUAGCAGAGGCAUGGUAGUGUAGCAGAUAAUGCAAUGCUAUUACAGCAUCAGCAACCAAUCACCAUUGCUGCCUGUAAGGAGUUUGUAUGUUUUCUCCAUGACCGUGUGCAUUUCCUCCACCUGCUCCAAUUUCUUCCCGUAUUCCAAGGAAAUGCAGGAGACAGGCAAUGAUUCAUGUUGAGCCUUGAAACUAAAUCCAGGGUAAAGACAGCCAGCAACACCCUACUGUGAUACUGAGAAUAAUUAAUGGAUGAAUCAAUGUGGUUUGACAAACACUGUGAAUUUUUUUUUAAUCUUUUCGUCAUAAUGGCAUCUGGUGAACUGAACCUAUUAAGUGUUUUCAACAGGCUUUUGCUGCUUUACAAACCUUAGUUUGCUCGGACUUUUUAAAUUGUUGCAUUGAACUACUCAGUAGCCUGUUCUUGAUCAACAGUUAUCCUUUGAGGUUUGCCUUGCCUGCAUGAAGCCUGAUGGACACCCAGCUUCACUGGAAAUUGCUGCCUUCAACUUCAAGCACAUAGGCUAUAAGUUAAUGCCAAUAAAACAGAACUGGCGUCAGCUUUUGAAAAUUCAUCAGCUUCCAAAAGGGACUUCACUGAGAAUGGACUGGAACUCCAAUUCAGAGCAGAGAUAAACCACGACUAAGGUUCAUUUGUACUGAAACACUGUCAAAUCAUCUGAGUUCUAUUUGGCUCAAAACCCUUUUAUUCAUACUACCAGUGAGAACGGGCCUUAAAUCUCCAUUCGACUCAUCUGCUUUUGUUAACUUGGAGGAAACAAAAUUGGAUCCACUGCAUUUUGUACCUUAAAUUCCUCCAUGGAUACCUUGAAACUAGAUAGAUUGGAAUGAUCUUUACAAUAGUGCGCCAUAAUUCUUGAAGUAAUGCCUCGCCGAGGCCUUCUGAUCAAAGUUUGGACAAGGCGUGUGCUGCUUGUCCUCGCUCUAUUCUUCAGUCUCAUCUCCCUACUGUACCUGUUGGAAUGCACCCCUCGGCCAGAUAACGAUGCCCUCCUCCUCGGUGUUCCGGGCAAACAAUAUGGUAAAGAGUACUAUCAGGCUCUCCUUCAGGAACAGGAGGAACAUUACCUGACUCGUGCUGCAAGCCUCAAACGGCAGAUCACCCAGCUGAAGAAGGAGCUACAGGAAAUGAGUGAGAAGCUGAAAAAUGUACAAGAGAAAAAGGGUCCAUCUCAAAACGUGGGAGGAGCACAGAGCAGCAAAGAGAACCUGCCCAACGAUCUGCUGGAAUUCCUGCACUCUCAGAUUGACAAGGCUGAGGUUAGCAUGGGCGCCCGGGUGCCCAGUGAGUAUGCUGUGGUGCCUUUUGAAAGCUUUACUUUGAAUAAAGUGUACCAGCUCGAGAUGGGCCUGACCCGGCACCCUGAGGAGAAAGUGGUGAGGAAAGAUCGCAGGGAUGACUUUGCUGAGGCCAUUGAAGCUGGCCUGGAGGUGCUAAAUAACCCUGAGGAAGAGGAGGCUAAUGAUGAUGAUGAUGAUGAAGAAGAUAGUCGAACACAGAAACAUACCUACAGCGAGAAUGAUUUUGUAGAAGGCUACUAUCGCACAGAAAGGGACAAGGGCACCUUGUAUGAAUUAUUCUACAAAAAGGAAUUCCUGGAUGAGUUUCAACACGUCACACUCUUCCGGCCAUUUGGCCCCCUUAUGAAGGUCAAAAGUGAAGUGAUUGACAUCUCGCACCAGAUCAUCAAUAUAAUUGUGCCGCUUUCAGGCCGCACCGAGGCUUUUGCUCAGUUCAUGCAGAACUUCAGGGACGUGUGCAUUCAGCAGGACAGACAGAUUUACCUAACGGUCGUCUACUUUGGCCAGGAAGGAUUAGAAGAAGUGAGGAGGAUCCUGGAAGUGACGAGCAGUGAAACUAAUUUUCACAACUACACCCUGGUUUCAUUGGCUGAUGAAUUUUCACGUGGCCGAGGCCUCGAUAUGGGAGCACGCACCUGGGACAAAGGCGAAGUGCUGAUGUUUUUCUGCGACGUGGAUAUUUAUAUCUCUCCUGAGUUUCUUAAUAGUUGCAGGAUAAAUACAGAGCCCGGCAAAAAGGUUUUCUACCCAGUCGUUUUCAGCUUGUACAACCCCGCCAUUGUCUAUGCCAACUUGGAUGGUACUCCAACCAUUGAACAGCAGCUCGUACAUAAGAAAGAUUCUGGGUUCUGGCGAGAUUUUGGAUUUGGAAUGACUUGUCAAUAUCGCUCUGAUUUCCUCACAAUUGGUGGUUUUGACCUGGAUGUGAAAGGCUGGGGAGGAGAGGACGUCCACUUGUACAGAAGGUACCUUCACAGUGACUUGAUCGUGGUGAGGACACCGGUCUCCAGCCUCUUCCACCUGUGGCAUGAGAAGCACUGUGCAGAUGAGCUGACUCCAGAGCAGUAUCGGAUGUGUAUUCAGUCGAAAGCCAUGAACGAGGCUUCACAGGCUCACUUGGGAAUGCUGGUGUUCCACGAGGAGAUCGAGGCCCAUCUCCGCAAGCAAGCCUACAGGACAGAUGGUGACAUUCCUGAUUGAACUCAAGCUCCAGUACCCUGCCUUUGAAAGCUCUGUAAUUUGUGGUCUUUAGACCAGGACCAGUUAUGUUUCCUAAUGGGACCACUGGUGUCAAAAUGACAGAUCAAUUUUGCACUGUUUUAGUGUUUGUUAAAUGGCACCAACUGGGAUGAACAGUUUACACAUCUAAUGGGGCUUAGCUCCAAUGCAUUGAGUCCGUGUCAGAUACCCAGGAGUUUCUGCAAUUGGGGAAAACAACUAUGAACCCCUUCUAUAUGCCCUCUUGACAGCGUUAGACAAUAGACAGUAGGUGCAGGAGUAGGCCAUUCGGCCCUACUAGCCAGCACUGCCCUUCACUGUGAUCAUGGCUGAUCAUACACAGUCAGUACCCCGUUCCUGCCCUCUCCCCAUAUCCCUUAACCCCGCUAUCUAUAAGAGCUGUACACCUAGUCUGUAAGAGCUUUCACCUAGUCUGUCUCUAAGCAGCAUGCUAGUACUGUAGUUCCAGAGCAAGAAGCUGCAUGGGUACAAGAAAGAUAAUGUUUUAGUUGAAUUACCAGAAUAAUAGCUAGCCAUGGAACAGUAUUAUUCAGGACCAUGAAUCUACCCUUUUGAAGGUGCCUCUUUGUUUCUAUAGGACAACAUGCAAGGUCAGGUUAAAGGUUAGUCAGAAUCCAGGAACUGUUGUUGAGUGUAACUACAUGCAAGCUUGGCUCAUUUAAAUAUAAUUUUGAUUUUGUGUCAGAAGGCACUGUAUUCAAGUUCAGUUGGAGAGUAACCAGCCAAGAUGGGAUGUUCAACUGAGGAUUCAUCACACAUUGAGGUAGAUGUUAUAGAAAAGAUCCCAUGGAUCAGAUGAGCAGAGACAUUUUCUCAUUGUUCUGUCCAGUGUCUCCUCUUCAACCAUUACAACCAGCAAAUCAGUCAAGACCCCUCCACUUAUUGGAGAUGUCUUUUCCAACAAUGCUUUUUUUUCCCAUAUCAGGUAAAGAAAAAUCAGUAUAAUCAAUGGGUUGUCAGAAUCAAAAUAGAAGAAAAUAGAAUUAUGAAUAAGAGAUUUUUUUUGUAGAUACCUUAAAUAUUGAAUGACAUGCACUUUGAGUUGUCUUUUAGAUACAAGGUGUUAUUUGUUACAUAAUGGGUUUUUUUUCUCCCUGAAUAUUUUCUGUCCCAUUAAGUUUUGGGAUUGUACACCCCAACACAUUUCAAAGCAAAGGAAAUGCAGUAAACAUAAAGUAAAGUGACCCAGAAUUGUGUUAUGUUGAAUGUCUCAACAAGCAAUCUGAGCGGUGGAAUGUUGGAAUAUUAAUUAUAACCACUUUUCUAAUUCAUUUGAGGGUGUAGAGAUGAGUGUCUGUUUAGAUGUGGGAAGGUGCAACAGAAAAUCAUUCUGUCAUUGCAGUUAACCAGAUCUUGCAACCAGAUCUUGCAUUGCUUUUGUUUAUUUCUAAGUUGAGGGAUCUUCCAUUUCAAGCCAUCAAGAAAGCUACCAAUGAUAUUUCUAUAAGUAUAUAUAUAUACAUACACACACACACACGCACGCACGAAAGCUACCCCUUCAACAAGGCAUUCACCAAAAUCAAGCUAAAAGCUGCCGAGGGGCUUGUGUUCAGACCAGGGUUCACGUUGUAAGGCUUCCGUCCCAUCAAAAUUCAAGUUAUUAGGCUACCUCUCCUUGAUUAAAUAAAGUACCACAUCAGCUGGAAAUCUGAGUAAAAAUGAAAUGCAUGUUAAUUCAGGCAAUGUCUUGAAGAGAGAAAGUUAAUGUUUCAGUUCAAUAAAAUAAUUCCUUUUACCCCUGCAGAUGCUACUUGAUGUCUUGAGACAACCCUAUUCAAAUUUGCCUCAUUGAACAAGGAUUCCACUUUCCCUAUGGCCAUCAUAUGGGGCUGCCUCUGAUUAUUCUGUAUUUGCUUGACUAGAAGUCCCUGCCUCUGAUGCAGAAAGCAGCAGAAAUUGAUCCCAAAUCAAAAGGGAGACUCACGGCUUAAUAAAUUCCAGGGAGGUAGAUAGAACUGUAAAUGAAUACCAAGUGGUUUCAUGUCCAGCAUUGGGACAGGAAUGAAUGUCAUUUAGCUUGGUCCUAAUAUUAUCCAAUUCAGUUUCAAUUUGCAUUAACUAUGUCUAAAUUAGGAGGCCCACACAAUACUAAUGAUUGAAUGAACAAACUCUUGUAAAAGAUUAAAUACCAAAUAUUUUAUACUGAAAUUUGCUCUUAAGGUAAUCAUUCUUAUUUACAUUAAAGUUAUUAACUAUCAGAUGUUUAUUUUAAAAAGUUCUAAGAAAUUAAAGAUACUCAUAAUACAUAAAAUUACUUAAAUUGCACAAGGUAUACAAGGUAUUGAAGCAGCAUUGUCAAAUUAUUGACUGAAUUAUAUUUGAGGCAUGAUUUGCAAGAGAGAAAUACUCCAUGGAUUAAAUUAUUAACUAUUAAUAUUGUAUUUAAAAUCGGUAACUAAGAUUAAAUCAGUAAAGUUGUUUUUGGAGCAAACUCUGGGUUACAAAUUACAUCAGCCUAUCUGUUAGUAAAGUUUCAGAGUUUAUGAUUUUAUCCUUGGGAGCCAUACGAUUAAUCUCAUUCCUCCCUUCAGAUUGUUCUGAAGUGUUGGGUUAACGAGCUUCUGGUAUCUGUUCUACUUGGAUCCUUGGCUUCACUAACUACUUUGUACAUUAUUAACAAUAUCUGAGCUGGCAAGUUCAACCUGGUCUUUGAUGGUAUGGGGUAAUUGGUGCAGUUAAAUAACAUUUUAUUUCUAAUGCGCAACUGGAUUGUUAUAAUCUUUUACUCUCUGUGUAUCCAGUCUGCUAGUCACCAUCACUUUCUGAGAUUACUAGAGUCAUAGAAAAGUAAAGCACAGAAACAGGCCCUUUGGCCCAUCUAGUCUUUGCUGAAAAAUUUAAACUGCCUACUCCCAUCGACCUUACUUCUUUUAAACACAUUCUCACUUUCACAUCCCUCUUGAGUGAAGAAGUUUCCCCUCAUGUUCCCCUUAAACUUUUCACCCUUAACCCAUGACCUCUAGCAGUUCUACCUAAUCUCAGUGGAAAACAGCCUGUUUGCAUAUACCCCCUCAUAACUUUGUAUUCUUCUAUUAAAAUUCUCCUCAAUCUUCUACGUUCCAAGGAAUGAAGUCCUAACUUGUUAAAUCUUUCCUUAUAACUCAGGUCCUCCAGUCCCGGCAACAUCCUUGUAAAUUUUCUCUGUACGAUUUCAAUCUUACUUGUAUCAUUGCUGUAGGUAGGUGACCAGAACUGCACACAAUACUCCAAAUCAGGCCUCACCAAUAUUUUAUACAACUUCAACAUAAUAUACUAUCUCCUGUAUUCAAUAGUUUGGUUUAUGAAGGCUAAAGCGCCAAAAGCUUUCUUUAUGACCCUAUCUACUUGCGAAGAUUGCUACAGAAAAUAAAUUUACUUAUUAACAAUAAUGACACUUACUAGCUGCAGUGUAUACCAGAGCAAGACAAACACCUUCCUGUAAUGUCUGAAUUGAGAGAUGACCUCCCUUCUGUUUAGAAGGGAAUAAGAGUAACAGUAAGCAAAAACCUCCAACUCUUUCAGAGCUUCUAAUGUGUUUUGAAAGAUGUCAGCUCAGGUGUGCAUCUGAGGCACAAACAGAAAACAUUUUACUUCUCAUCUAACAAAGGGGAUUUCUGCAAUUUAUCUCCCUAACAAACUGGUUCUGAAAUUUGCCCUCUAUACAGCCUUGUAAGUAAGGAGUGCUCAUGUUCUUAAUUAAGAACAAUUACGGUACAUUUUCUUAAUUAGUAUUGAUUUAGUACUUGUAUAAACACUGACCCAGGACCACAUUUUUACUGAAAUAUAAAUUAUAAGACACCAGUUUAUAGGAUAUUGUCCUAGCACCCUUUAUUUAUAUGGUGUAAGUAAAGGACAAAGAGGCGAUAGUGUUAACAUUGACAUAAGGGUUCAAAGUGGCCACUGCCUUUGGAUAUUGAUGCUGUCCAAGUAGGUAUAAUAACAGCCAAUUCUUAGCUUUCAGCGGGGAUCUGAACUAUAUGAAUAAAUGCUGACAUUGUGCUCUGCAUGUAAAGUUGAAAGGAGUUUUAAAUACAGAAUAUGCAGCCUAGGUCUCUAGCGUGAGCCAGUUGACUUGAUUAGGCUUUUUUUUUUACACGAUAUUCGUUCUGUAGAAAGAAACUUCCAUUGCUACCUGAAGUGCACAAAUGUUUACAGUGCACCAUUAGUACACAGUGGAGACCCUUUUUGUGUGCACUGAGAGCAAGUCUUAUGGCUGUCUGAUACUGCAAACGAAACCUGGUGGUUGUUAACUUGUGCCUUUAUAUACUUUGCAGUAUAUUUUUUUUAAGUAUUAAAAUCAUGGAAGCAAACAAAUGCACCCAGCCAGUUAGUCAUAAGACCAUAAGAUAUAGGAGCAGAAGUAGGCCGUUUGGCCCAUUGAAUCUGGUUUGCCAUUCAAUCAUGGGCUGAUCCAAUUCUUCCAGGCAUUCACACUCCCCUGCCUUCUCCCCAUACCCUUUGAUGCCCUGGCUAAUCAAGAACCUACCUAUCUCUGCCUUAAAUGCACCCAAUGACUUGGCCUCCAUAGCCGCUCAUGGCAACAGUUGAUAUUAGUGCUGUUAACCGAAUUUAAUCCUGGCCAUUUUGAUAUCUCAAAUUGUCACUGAAGUGUGCAUAUAUUUUUAUGGUUGAUUUUUGAAAUUAUAAAUAACCUUGUGGAAGAGCAAAAGCUUGGGGGUGGGUGUGAACUGACCAGUUGGAAUUUCUGGGAGAGGAGUAUUAGCACAGAACAUGACUUUUGCGUGAUUUGGGGAGGGGUGGCAUGAAAUAAGCUGAUGUAUUCUCUGGGCAGCCUCUCUAUGCCUCACCCUGCAUUGCCCAUAGUAUCAGAUAUUUAUCACCAGAACACUGCCUUCCAGCAUAAGGAAGCUAAGAUGAGGAAGUAGAGCUGGAGCAUUUGUUGAUGGCAUGAUGCCUUCAUGUUCAAGUAAAGGCUUCAGUGGUUCUCACCUAUAGAACUGGGAACAAGAUGCCAGAGGAAUUGGAAUCGUUUGUUGUUGUCCACUGAAAAGCUUGUCUUGCAAACCGUUCAUUCAGAUCAAAUUAAUACAUAGUGCAUUGAGGUAGUAUGAGGUAAAACAGUAAGAGAAUGCAGAGUUAGUGGAGGGUAGGUAGUUAAUGAGGAGCACAAUCCAUUUUAUUGUACAAAAGGUCUACUCAAGAGUCGCAAACAGUGGAAUAGAAGCUGUCCUUGACCCUGGUGGUAUGUCAUUUCAGGCAUUUGUACCUCUUGCCUGAUAGGAGAAGGAAGCAGACAGAAUAUCAUUGAUAAUGCUGGCUGCUUAGAGACAGGAAGAAGGAUAGAGAGUGUCCAUGAAGGGGAGGUUGGUUUCUGUGACGUGCUGAGCUGUGACCACAGCUCUCUGCAGUUUCUUGCAGUCACAAGCAGAGCAUCUACUAAGCAGUGAUGCAUCCAGAUAGAUGCUUUGUAUAAUGUAUCAUUUAAAAGCCAUUUUGAACAGAUAUAUGAGUAGAAAAGUUUUAAAAAGAUAUGAGCCAAAUGCAGGCAAAUGGGAUUAGCUUAGGCCAACGUCUCAGUUGUCAAGGAGGGCCUGUUUCCCUGCUCUAUGACUCUUAGAGCUUGAGAAAGAAUUGUGAAACCACACAUUCCUGCCCUCGUAACUUUUCCUGGACUACACUUGGGAGCUUUUCAAAACUUUGUGCAGUUAAAAUGUCCUAUUUAUAUGCAAAGGGUUUUAAAACUAUUUGUGGUCCAAGUAGCAUCUCACAGACAUUCUGUCUUUUUCAGCCUUGCUUGUGUUAAAUAGGGUGUUUACUGUCAGAAUCUGUAAGAAUUCUAUCUCAAUAAAUGCUGAAGCACUGAUUCUUGAGUUGUCUAUUUGAUCUUACCAUACACAAUACUAAAAUGAAGAAUGGACUUUGAAUACCUCAGGAGUAACAGCAUAUGAUGAGCGGAUUAGCAUAACUGACUCAAAGAUUAAUACAUAGCCCCCAGACUUGCUAAUAAAAUGGCCACUGAGUGUAUGUUCGUAGUCUUCUGCUGCUGUAGCCCAACCAUUUCAAGGUUUGACUUGCUGUGCACUCAAAGAUGCUCUUCUGCACACCACUGUUGUAAUACAUGGUUAUUUGAGUUACUGUUGCCUUCUUAUCAAUUUAACUAGUCAAUUACAUUUCUUACUCCAUUUUGAUAUUUGUCUGAAUAACAAGUGGACCUCUCAACCAUGUCUGCAUGCCACAUGAUUGGUUGACUAGAUAUUUGCAGGUGUACCUAAUAAAGUAGCCAUUGAGUGUAUAACGUAUCUGAAAAAGUAACCAUUAAAGCCACAAAUGUUGCUGAGGGAUAGAUUGGCACAAUGUAGUUUAAUUGGAGAGUAAAGUGCAGCACUCCUAAUGAGGAAGCUUGUGGGUUCGAAGCACCAAUCUUCAUCAGUUAGAAGCAACCUGUCUUAAUGAGGCUUUUCCUCAUUGUCCGCUUUGCUGGUCCAGAAUCCAGUACCUGCAGUCUCUUGUGUCCAUUGAUGUGGGGUUAAACCCCAGGACACCAAAGAGAUUGAUGUUCUAGUGGCAUACCGAAGAGGUACAAUAUGAUGAAAGGUUCCAUCCUUCUGAAGGUACAUUAAAAUCAAAGCCCUGUUGGCGCCCAAGAAGAUGCUUUAGGGUUUAUUAGUCUUGGGAUUCCCCAAUCAGUGCCACUAAAACACAACACCUGGUUAUUGUUGUGUAUUUUUUUUUGUUUUGUAGAAGUGUAACCCCCUGGGUCGCCUCAAGCUCGCUCAGCUCGUUCUCAUCUAGGGGGAGCAGCCUUCGGCCCCACCAAACUGGGUAAUCAGAUGGUGUGGAUGCUGUGUGAUAUCCCCGCCUCGCCAAAGAACAAACAGGACACCAUAUGCAAUUAAAUGAUUAUAAUUUAUAAAAAUUACUAUAACCAAGUGAUUAAUAACAAUACAGUAUACAUAAAGGAAAAGGAAAUAAAGAAAAGGCACCAAACUUAUCAAAGUCCAAACCACUUCACGCACAACUGUUGAAGCUCAAUUACUGAAGUCUUCUGGCCACCAUUCGAUACCUUCCGAACUCCUCAACUCGCAGCUCAGGACCACCCAAAGUGGUCAAUCAAGCACAUCUAUCUUCGUCUCCUCUCCUUGGGGUACCUCCUGGCCUCGGGCCCCCGCUUGGGGUCCAUUCCUCGCCUAGUUUACAGCAUCGCGUCCUCUCUCUCUCACUCCCUCGGGCCAAUCUCCCCAAAAGCCCGCCAACAAUAGUUUACAGACUCAGAAGAAAGAACAUUAAUCCCAAUUGGUUAACAAAGGAAUACAAUUCUCGUUAUCAGUAAAUUUUAACCCAAACAAGCCUCCAGCACUCUCUCGCAACAAAGAAGCAUUCCUACUUUUAAAAAAAUAAAGAAGCCAUUUUGAUUAACAUACGCAGUAACAAAGAAAAAGAAAAAACCUCCUUCACAGAAGCUUGCUGAGUCAAAAGUAGUUGGGCAUUUACAAAAUUCCAAUAGUGAAUACAACAUAAAACACUAAUAUAGGUGGGGUGGGGGAAUGAAGUGAGAAGCUGGGGUGUGAUAGAUAAGAGGUAAAGGGCUGAAGAAGAGUGAAUGUGAUAGGAGUGAAGAGUGAACCAUUGAAGAAAGGGAAGGAAGAGGGGCACCACGUUGGUGAGGAAAAGAGGGAAGCAGGGAGCCACCAUGGGGAAUGGAACAAGAGAGGGGGGAGGAAUUACUGGAAAUUAGAGAAAUUAAUUUUAAUGUCAUUAAGUUGGAAACUAUCAAAACGGAAUAUGAUGUGCUUAUAUUAUGGAAUAUAAUAUUGUAGAAUCACCCUUAGAAAUGAUUGUCUUCUAUUAGGAUGUAUUAUAAAUCAGUGAGUAUAAAUUUUUGAUUUUGAGUAGCAGUUGAUAAAGGACACAACUUCUUGGAGGAAGGUAGCGUAGUGGUUAACACAACACUUUACAAUGCGGGUGACCCAGGUCCAGUUCUCACCACUGCCUGUACGGAGUUUGUACAUGUUCCCCAUGACUGCGUAGGUUUCCUGCAGGUGCUCUGGAUUCAUCCCACAGUCCAAAGAUGUACGGGUUGGUAAGGUAAUUGGUCAUUGUAAAUUUCCUGUGAUUAGACUAGGAUUAAAUCAGGGAAUUGCUGGGUGGCGUGGCUCGAAAGCCUGGAAGGGCCUAUUCUGUGCUGUUUCUCAAUAAAUAAGUAAAUUAAUUAAUUACAGGCUGUAGCGGCAAUGGCAUUGCUGUGUGGGUUUACAGUGAGGAGCUUUCCUCCUUCAAUGUCAACAAGACAAAGGAGUUGUGGUUAUCUACUACAGGAGAACUCACACCACUCAUAUCUUCAUUACGGCAGCAGCACAGCAGUGAAAUCUGCGAGUGCACAUCUCACACAACCUCUCAUCAUCCCAGAACACAUCCUACUCAAUCAUCAAUAUUCACGUCCUUUACCGAUACGUAGUAGAGAGCAUCCUAGCAAGCUGAAUCACUGCAUGGUAUAGAAGCAGCCAGGAAGGCUCUACAACAGGUAGGCAAAACUGCCCAAAACAUAACCACACCAGCCCACCCUCCAUCAAGAACUCAUAUACAGAAUGGUGUCAGAAAAAGGCCAGUAAUAUCAAGAAGGAUCCUACUCACCCUGCUCAUAGACUGCUUGUCCCAUUCCUGUUAGAAAGGUUAUGUAGCUUCCACACCAGGACCACCAGACUCAAAAACAGCUACUUUCCCCGUGUAUAAAGGCUGAUCAACAUCUCCACCCUUAAACCCAUCCCUCCACACCCCCCCCCACCACCACUACUUUGUCCUUUCCUAUUAAUCACCCCUGUGCCUAGCAUAACUUUAUGAAUGUCAAUCAAUUAUGUAUAUAAGAUAUCUGAUGUAUUUAUGGUGUUUUUUGCUAUUGUGGGCCUUGUUUUUUCUGUGCUGCAUUGUAACUGAAGUAACAAUUACUGUUUUUUUCUUUACCCUUGUGUAUUGGAAAUGAAAUAAAACAAUCCUGAAUCUUGAA